GCCUGUUGCAUUUAAAAAAAAAGGAGGGGGGGGAGGUAAGCAUGAAUUCUGUGUUCAGUUGGAUUCACAAUGUGUUCUGGGUGAUUCAUUCAGACCCUGCUUCCUGUGCCCUCGAAACCAGUACUCAAGCAAUCCAUAGUCUUCAGGAUUUCAUUAAAUUUAGGGCCAGUCUUAACAUAACUGUUCAAAUAAAGUAAACCUUCCUUAGCGAGGCUUUAUCAUGCCGCUGUUUAUUCACCCAUCCAGUGCCCCGUACCAAGCACCAGUGGCUCAGUUUAAAAGAAAAAUUGAGCAAAAUCUCGGUGUUUUUGUUUUUGUUUUUUUUCUGAUUUGCAUUCUGGAGAUCUAUAUAGGCCGUCACUUGUGGCUUACUAAAUGUGUUCCAAUAAAGAUGAAGAAAGUACAGAGUUUACAAAGUGGAAAUAUUUUUAAUACAACUAUUUAAAGAGAAGCACUGAGGACCUUGGUGUCAUAAAUCAGUCUUUGACCUGUUCCUUGCAACAAGAGCUCAGAGCCCUUUGUUAUAUAUUUUUUGUUGGUUUCUUCAAGCAUUGGUUUUUUAUGCAACUUUAAAAAUACUAGUAUGUAGGGUUGUCACCAACUUGGAUGGGAGUAGGACUGUGGUUGCUCUUUAUAAAAUGGUAACUGUACCUGCCAGCAACCUUUUCAAGUUGAAGUCUAGUCUAUUUAGAAGUAAAACCAGUCCCGGUCAGCAUCAUCUGAGAUAGAGCUUCCGGUUGGUCCGUCCAUACUUGUUAUAACAUGCAUUCAGGAUGUAUCUUUUUUGAUACUUUUCGUAAGCACAGGGGAAAACUGUAUCAGAAAAGGCGUCCAGUGAGGAUUUCUCAGGGUUCUCGUAUUGUUACAAAAUGUAACCCUGGACUCUGCGUUUUCAUAUCUCACUGAAAUCUAAACUGUAUGUGAAUAAAGGAUUGGAAAUUAAAUAUAUCCAAGUGAUGGAUUAUUAGUUCAUCAGGAACAAAGUGAAGAGAGAAGAUAUUAUAAUCCAAAGAAGUCACAGAAGAAUAAUAAGAAUGAAAAACUAAAUAAUUUGCUUCACAUACAUACAAGUUACCUUACACUUCCUUCCGUAUGAGAUCAGUCUGUUCUGCUAAGUGGUUCACAGAUAAAAGUGCUCCUUAGCACCUGACUUUAUCAUGGGAAGAAAAAGACACGCGUUCAUCGGUGGCAUGUGUAUGGAUUUCUAUCAGUGACGGGUACUUUAACAGGCUACAUUUUUACAAAUUACUGGUACAUUCUAGGGACCUCACAGUACAGUUUUGCUACUCUCUGGAGAUAAGAAAUUAGUGUGGUGUGUUACCAAGGACCAACACAGAAACUGUCCACCCCUGCGUUGUGACCCAGGAGGCUCUGGGAGGGCUCGGCCCCCAAACACACGUCCCCCAGGCAGAUGCCCAGACAGCACCCAGCAGAUGGUAAGCAUUCCACCUCCAGCCUCUGAAGACAAAAGACCUUGCAAGUUAAGGGCACUGGAGAGGCUGCCCUGAGAAGCCGCUCUUGGGCGGUUCUAGGAACACAGACCAGGAGUUUGGCCCCUGUUGCUGUUUUUCCCUAGGGCCUCUUUUGAGUAACAGUGUUUUUCUGAAUAAUAUAACCAAACUUCUGGACUAGAGACCAGAUAUGAAUCUUGAUCUUCAGAAAUGUGGGUUUGGUGUCUCUGUCUUUAAAGACGCUUGUACACAUGACAGAAAUAACCAGGUUUGGGGAAAUGCCAACCAUCCUUUCAGAGAUUAAUAGGAGCAAUCAUGCCUCCUUGCAUAAGGAAACCUGCAUAAGAAGUCAGUGAAUUCCGUAGGCUCUUUUCCUGCACUCCCCAGUGCAGUUAAUACCUCAUUUUCAAAAACCGCAAAAUCAUGGCAACGUUACAAAAUGAUCAUGUCCUUAGAUUAGAUUGUAAGCCCACCGGGCAGGUACCGUGUCUAAUGUUUCGUGUGGCGCCUCUCGCAUUGUUAGAGAUCAAUAAACAUUAAACAACAAUGGUCUUGUGACUGUCAAAAUACAAAAAGGUUCUACAAAGCACUUCUCUAUUUUUAUACCUAUUUCGGUAGGCCUGUCUUCUCCAGAAUUAUUAACCGAGGGGUACAGAUCUACGUUCCUUAUGCGGAGAGGUGGCUGCAGGUGAGAAGCCUGGGGCCCGUAUCCCGCAGUUUCUGGCACUGCCUGCAGCUCUAACAGGGUUUUCUGAGCAGCACAUUCCAGGGGUUAAGAACACUGCAUCUGAAGCAGACGGCCAGUGUCCGAUCCCAGCUCCACCAGCAGCAUGACCUUGGGUUAGGGCCGGAAACCCUUGGACUGCGCUCCAGGGAGCACAGAGGAGUCUCAGCUACACACACCUUCCAGAAAGACCAGGAGGAAGGGCCCCAGGCCACAUGUAUAAUCAAAGGGACCAAAGAAUAAGGCCAAUCCAAGGAGGGAGGAGUUUGGGCCAGAGCUGCGGCCCAAAGGAAGGAAGCCAGCUCCCCACACCAGGGCCAUCAAGCCAGAGUCCAAACCCACACCCAGAAGGCUUUCGUAAACUGCCUAGUGGGAAGGAAGCUUCAACUAAUCGAGCUGAUCCAAACCUGACCGCAUGCCUGCUAUGCACAAGGCCCCGGGCUGGGCCACACGACGCCACGGAAACGAGAAGUAUGUGCGUGUCCAUACAUGGAAACGUCCCUGUGAAAUGCGAAACGAACCCGGCACAACCCGAGGGAACACGGCCACGCUCGCAGCUGGCGGCGUCUGCGCCCCCACACCACCACCCCUGGGCUCAAGGGCAGGGGCAUUGCCUCGUUGACCUCCGUCACCCCGGACACCCGGGCCGGCGCGCGCGCCCCGCACUGGGCUCCAGAACCUCACCGAACGGCCGGAACGCCCGCCCGAACCCAGCCCCCCGCCCUCCCCCGGCCCGCGCGCCCCCCGCGCGCCUCCCCUCCCCCGGCCCGGAGCGGGGAGCCCCCACGGGCCGCCGGCCCAAGCCCAGCGGUUGGCGGCUCGAGCCCCAUCGGAAAAGUUGCCAGGGGCUCGCGCGGCGCCGAGGCCACUUGGCCGCCCACCCCCGGCCCCGGCGCCGCCCCCAGCCGCGCGCGCCCACUCACUCGUGCUGGGCCGCCAGGUGGUUGAAGACAUAG